AUGGGGACACAUCUUCCCCAGGAAAUAUUGCAUUUGAUCGCGACUAAUCUGCAGGACUCAGAAGCCUCUUUGGUCCCUUGCACUCGAGUAUGCCGUGAAUGGCAGGUCGCCUUUGAGCCCUUCAUUUACUCCCAACCAAUCCACGUGAUAAGUGCCGAUGGUGUCAGCAAAGAUGACUGUGAGCGGUCAAUGUCGUUGAGUCACUUUCAGAACGUGACCUCUGGUAAAGGGCUGACUCGGCGGGCCCUGAUCCGACAUUUGAGCUACCACAUUGUGGUUCCUCUUGACCUCCCGGAUUGGCAAACUCGCAAGGAGAAAGCAUACAGCCUCGAGAACAUUAUCCGUUAUGAUAAUGAUCUUGCAUUUCAGUCCGGAAUAUUGGAUCUCUUCAAUACUUUCAAACAUUGGGAUUCCAAUUUGCGCCUUUCGGUUGAGUUGGCGCUGCUGGGUCGCGAAGCCGGAAAGGAGCCUCACACAUAUGAUUGGGACACCGCAGGCGAAUACCGCUACGACUAUAAAAAGGGAAGAAGGAAGUCAGUUCCUGUAUAUCGUGCACAAUUUAUAGACCACGGGGCUUCCCUUCUCCCGGAUGUCGCGUGCAUCAGCCGUCUUUGCUUUCGUGAUGGUCCCCCUUUUCAUCAAAUUUGGGCCGGAUCGGCCAUGCAAAUUGCUCAGUGCUGUAGUACUCUUACUGAGAUGAUGCUGGAUCUCGAUGAGUAUAUCCGCCCGGAUCACAUUGAAUAUAUUCAAGCAAGGCGUCAAGCUUUGGCCGACGGUCUUUUGACGAUGCCACGUAGCCUAAGGGCAUUCAAUCUCUUCAAUCAAAUGGAGUGCCCUUGGAAGGAAAUGAUGAACGGGUUAAAUGUUCUGCUUUCAGAUACCGACUUUCUUUCGCAGAACAUUCUGAAUUUGAGUCUAUCACUUAGAGAAUUGAAGAUUGACCAGCUAUCGCUCACGCCAGAUUUCCUGUUUCCUCUAGAUACAAAAAGCCAUCCAUUGCCGACUUCUCGAUCUCUCUACUGGCCUUUAUUGGAAGUGGUGGAGCUGACUAGGGUACCUUCAAGACUUCCCUCAGGCCUGUGGAUUGUACAUCCAACCCCCGAGGACCAAAGCGAAAUCGACGAGGUCGAAGACUGGGAGAGAAUCAUCUGUGACUAUGAAGAAGGCUUUAUUUCGCGGCCGAUUUUUGAUCGCGAGCAUUUUCACCGAACCCUUAUUUCCCUAGGCCAUGCAGCUCGUCUGAUGCCCCGUUUGAGGUACAUGCAAUAUUGUCUUUCACAUAACCCGAACUUUAAAUUUGAAUUUAAGCCCCAUGCGUCGUCUGGGAAGGCAGAGUGGCAGCUUUACUCUCUCUAUCGUCCGGAUCAACGCGUCGCGAAUGCGUGGAAAUGUUCAUUAGCGGAGCUAGAUGCGAAGUUGCCUUCAAAGUUGAUUAAGACGACUAUUGAGGACUGGAGCAACAUGUAG